AUGUCUGAACAUGUGCUUCCUGACAUCGGUGGUGACCCCGUCGUCCCCUUUGUCCUCGCUGCCUUCGCAACCCUUGUUUACUACAAUUCCAUCGAGCUGGUCGUGCUCUGCUCGGCCACCUUCAAGCGCUGCGGCAGCCUGUACUUCUGGUGCUUGCUCAUCGCCUCUACCAGCCUGAUCCCCCACGUCAGCGGAUAUGUCCUUCUCUUCUUCCGCCAGGAUGUCUCGCAGUAUGCCGCCGUUUCGCUCAUUAUCAUCGGCUGGAUCUGCACCGUCACCGGGCAGUCGCUGGUCCUCUGGUCGCGUCUGCAUUUCGUCCUCCAUAAUCCCCGUCUCAUCAAAGGCCUGCUUGUCAUGAUCAUCGUCAACGCGUUUCUCUUGCACACGCCCAUAACCGUCCUUCUCUUCGGCACCGUCUCUCCAAACCCCUCUUUAUCGCGCACCUUCUCUGUCGGAUACAACAUCAUGGAACGGAUCCAGCUCGUGGGAUUCUGCAUCCAGGAAAUCAUCCUCUCCGGUGUGUAUGUCUGGGAAACGGCCAAAAUGCUGCGCCUGCGCUCAGAACCACACCACCGCCGGAUCCUCGCUCAGUUGCUCGCCAUGAACAUCGUUGUGCUGAUUAUCGACUUGGUCGUCGUCAUUGUCGAGUAUAUAGGUUUCUACGCGGUGCAGGUGAUGUUCAAGCCCGUCGCGUACAGCAUCAAGCUGAAGCUAGAGUACGCGGUGCUGGGCCGCCUGGUGCAGAUUGCGCAGGGCGGGUCUGCGGCGACCUCUGGCGGCGCACCGGGUUUCGAUACAAUCUUGCCUUCAUCUGCAUAUGGUAGCGAGUUGCGGAAUGGCAGCAACUUUUUGGACGCGCGCGAGGGAGAGAUGGUUUCCAGACAGCUUUCGAAGAUUUCGCCGCGGACACCGAGUGAUUUGGGGUGA